AUGUGCCGCACCCUGGCCACCUUCCCCAACUCCUGCCUGGAGAGAGCUAAAGAGUUCAAGACACGUCUGGGGGUCUUUCUUCAUAAAUCAGAGCUGAGCUCCGAUAUUGGGGGGAUUAGCAAAUUCGAGUGGACCAGUAAACAUAGCAAAGAGAGAAGCUUCUCGGAAGAUGUUCUGGGAUGGAGAGAGUCCUUUGAUUUGUUGCUGAGCAGCAAGAAUGGAGUGGCGGCCUUCCACGCCUUCCUGAAGACGGAGUUCAGCGAGGAGAACCUGGAGUUCUGGCUGGCCUGUGAGGAGUUCAAGAAGACCCGGUCGGCCACCAAACUGGCCACCAGGGCUCACCGCAUCUUUGAGGAGUACAUUCGCAGUGAAGCCCCUAAAGAGGUGAACAUAGAUCAUGAGACCCGGGAGCUGACCAAGACCAAUGUGCAGGCAGCCACGGCCAGUUGCUUCGACGUGGCUCAGGGGAAGACGCGCACCCUGAUGGAGAAGGACUCCUACCCCCGCUUCCUCAAGUCGUCUGCUUACCGGGACCUGGCUGCCCAAGCCUCGGCCACCUCCACCUCUGCAUCCAGCAGCAGCAGCAGCAGCAGCAGCAGCAGCAGCAGCAGCAGCAGCAGCAGCAGCCCAGCUGAGCCUUCACAUACUUGAGCCUCCACAGCAGCCGAGAAGCCAGCAGGAAGAGAGGUGGAGUCCACCCGUCCGUCCCUGAAGCAGCUGCCCAGUGUGUGGGAGGCAGGUUCUGCCCAACAAGUGCCAGAGGACAGUGAAGGGACAGACAUUCCCGCAUCCUGGAUGUGAAGAAUUCCCUCUCCUCCAGAUACCGUGGGGGGCUCGGGGUGGGAGAGGCUCCUCACUUCCCGGACCUGUGGCUGAGAGCUGGACCAGGAGGCUGUACGGGGGCGCUCCGGGGAAGGGUCGGGGGCACAAAGGAACGCUGGGGUGGGUUGGGAACCUUGAGAACGGGAGCUGGAGAGAACCGUAGCAGCUGCUCACCUGCAAGACGUUGGCUUUGGGCACCUCUUGAUUUCCUCAUUCCUGGACUGGGCCUAGAAAAAACUGUGAAUGUGGAACCUUCCUCGUCUGCGCUCGCCUUCCCAGAGAUACCAGGGGUCCCCCAGCGUAGGCUUCUUAACAUUCCCGUGUUCAUUCUUACGGUCUCACGGGGGUCAAGGCGUCAAUAGGAUUCUUGCCCCCAAUGGGAUUUUUAUACCUCAAAACCUGGCCUGUGAGCCCCUUUCCAGGCCAAUAAUGAGCCCUGGAAAAGAAGCCACUUUGCUCGUGUGACCCUAGACUGGGUGCUCUUGGUGGCCUUCUGUGGGUGGCCCCCUGUCCUUACAUUUGCCGCAGGGUCCACCAUUGAACAGGGCUAACUGGGAGGCCUUACUGAGCCCUGCACGGCCUUGGGAGAUGAGGUCUAAGAGGGGGGAGGUGGAUGGAAGGGGGCUUCGGGCACCGGGGCCAUGUCCACUCAAGUCCAGCAACCGAGUGAGGGAGAAAACCCAUCUGUAGGAGGAGCCCAGAAGUCUAGCUGAAGUCAAAUCAGCUCUCUUUGCGACUAUGAGACUGGGAACGAGAGACGCCCCCCGGUGGAAGAGGAGCCUUGUGUUUCUUUCCUGUAGACAGGAGAUGCCCACUGUCAUAGGGGAGAGGUAGACCAGGGACCAAGACAGGUCUGGAUCGGAAGCUGGGAGUGCAACCAGGGCGGAUUGAGGGCUGCUUGGAAGGUCGGGGCUGGGGGGGGGGGGAAUCAACCCACCUAUCCCCUCUGGGUCUUACCGAACAAACAUUCUAAGUAAGUUCGACUUCCCGCACCAGAGACCAAACCGGCAGUGGAGACCCAGGUCGCCAACAUUGUUCUCUCUGCACUUGAGGCUUCUCCAGGAGAAAAUUAUUUAAGUAUAAUAUAUUGUUACAUUGUGUUGUGCUGAUUGUCUCAGCUGUUAGUGUCGCUGUGGUUAUUUAUUGUGGUUUGCUUGCCUCUACUGGAGAAUCUCAGCGGGAGCCACUGCCUGGCUGUGCCUCCUCUCCCCACCAGACUCUACCUCUGCAAGCCUUGGGAACCACUGAGGGCUGUCGGGGGAACACCCCACUGUUUUAAUAUUUAUUUAUUGUUAACCAGGGGAACUGGGUUCCCUUAUCAGCAGUGUAUGCAAUCCCCGUUUUCCUGUUUGA